AGCAGCAGCAGCAGUGAGGAAGCAGCUGAACCAAGAACAGAAAAAAUAAAAGAGAGAGGCAUCUAAGCAAAAGAAGAAUUAGAAUAAAAAAGAUCUUCUUAACUUUUCCACAAUACCUUAAAGGACAUUCUUUUCAUUUUGAGUUAGUUGUUACCGAGUUUGUUAAAGGCACAAUGAUGAGCAGCAGAUUUGUUGUGGCUAUGGUGGUACUCCUGGCCUUCCUGGCCAUCAGUGAAGGGAUGAGUCUGAGAAGCCUGGGAGUGGAGGCACACUGCCGCUGCAUCAAAACAGAGAGCAAGCCCAUCGGCCGCCACAUUGGGAAAGUGGAGCUGAUUCCUCCUAGCUCCCACUGCGAGGAGACUGAGAUCAUUGCCACUCUGAAAAAGACCGGCGAAGAGGUUUGCCUGGACCCAGAGGCUCCCUGGGUGAAGAAAGUCAUUCAGAAGAUCAUGUCCACCAGAAGACGCUGAACAGACUGGGAGAGACGUGUUUCAUGAGUCUGAACAGUUUAGUACAGUAGUACAGUAUUUCUUGUUAAGAUGAUAGUCCUCACACUCAUUUCAUUUGAAUACCACAGCAAAGGGCUGCCUUGUAUCUGAAUCAGUUGUUGAAAAUGACAACAGAAUUUACCCAGUAAUAUUAUGUUUGUAUCAAACACAUUUUAUUUUAAUUUAUUGUUUUUAUUGUGCUGGCUUGUGUAACACAUGCAUCUGUCACUUUAUGUUAACUUAUGUGUUUAAUAUAUUUAUUGAUGUAUUUAUGAAAUGUAAAUGUAAUUGACACCAGCAGUUUCUGACAACCUACUGAUUAAAUAAAGAAACUGAAAAUGAA